AAAAUCUCUUAUCAGCUAUCCGGUUAGGGUAAAACCGGUUUCGUUGUCCCCUUUCGAGUCACACCUUCCUUGCGUUGCGUGAUUCACCGGAGAUUCUAGUGAGAGAACCUCCGAUCGAUUUCAAUUUCUACCGCCAAGCUCCGUUCUUUUUUUUUCUUCUAAUUAUCUUCCUAUCUCCGCGCCUGUCUUCGUGAGACACGAAAGAGACAAACCUACGAUGGGUCGACCUCCCAGUAACGGCAGUCCAGCGUUCCGAUUCAACCUCGCCGAGGUAACGGAGAUGGAAGCAGUAUUGCAACAGCAUGAUACAUCAAUGCCAGGUCGACAUACUCUUGAAGCUCUUGCUGAAAAGUUUAGUGGCACAGUGGAGCGGAAGGGGAAAACUGUUGUGCAAUUCAAACAAAUAUGGAACUGGUUCCAGAACAGGCGAUAUGCUCUAAGAGCAAAAGGAAACAAAGCUCCUGGGAAGCUAAAUGUAUCUUCCAUGCCGCGUGCUUCUCUUGAUCCAACAAACCAGAUGAGAAAUGUCUUUCCACCAUCAGCUGGUCCUAAACCCACUCACAUGACCGGACCAAUCACGACGCCUUCCCCUUCUGUUCCAGGUGUCAUGAGGAGUGGUUCAGACAACUCUUACUUGGAAUUUGAAGCCAAAUCUGCCAGGGAUGGUGCAUGGUAUGAUGUGCAAGCUUUCCUAGCUCAUAGAAACUUGGAGAUUGGUGACCCGGAAGUGCAGGUUCGAUUUGCGGGUUUUGAAGUUGAAGAAGACGAAUGGAUAAACGUAAAGAGGAACGUAAGGCAACGGUCACUCCCAUGUGAAGCAUCAGAAUGUGUUGCAGUUCUUGCUGGAGAUCUCGUCCUUUGCUUCCAGGAAGGCAAAGACCAAGCUCUUUACUUUGACGCUACUGUUCUUGAUGCACAAAGAAGGAGACACGAUGUCAGAGGUUGUCGUUGUAGGUUCUUGGUGCGUUACGGCCACGACCAGUCCGAGCAGGAGAUCGUCCCCUUGAGGAAGAUUUGCAGGCGGCCAGAGACAGAUUACAGGCUACAGCAACUUCACAGUGCUUCUGCCAAUGACUUUGCUAACUCGAAACCCGCUCCUCUUGACGCGGCUGCAAAAGCUCCUCUUCCGCAAUCCAGCGCCUCUGCUCCUAAUGUUGUUCCACCCGAUGUGAAAGAUACGAGCUUGAGCGGAGCCGCCUCCGCUUCAGCUCAGCCUAGCUCCAAUGCAGCAGCCACUGUCCCCGCUGGUUCUGCAUAAGGCCAUCAGCUAUAUUCUCAUUUUGUAAGCAUAUUCAUAGUCGCUAAGCUAAGAGUCGUAGAGGGUUUAACUUGGGAUCAAGAGCUUUUGUAAUGUUACAGAAUGACCCCAAGUCAUCUAAAACUGUAUCUUGCACCAUUUUAUUUAAUCCUCCAUGGAUGAUCGGAUACUUAUGGUUUA